AGUGUGUUUCCAAACAACAUUCCUUUUCACACAACGACAGGCUGUGUCAAAUAGCUAGUUACUUACUUCCUCAUCAUCUCAACUAAAAGGUUGUCGGCUGAAUAAAUUCAUUUGUUUCUCUGACAUUUUAGCUAGAUGAUUAGAUGCUGUAGUUACUUACUCCGUUGAUAUUAUAACUAAUAGGUUGCGUUGGGAGAGGUCACAAAAAAACAAAAAUGGACAACAGUGGUUUUCCUAACGUUAGACAAAAGACAAUCACGCUUGUGAUAAAAACACCGAAUCAAGCGCACGGGGAUCAAACGAUUGAAGGAGUUGACACGGACUGGACAGUGAAAGAGUUGAAGACUCAUUUAUCGAGGGUGUACCCAAACAACCCGGUGAGUAAAUGUGAUAGCUAUCUAGCUAACUUGGCUAGCUAGCUACCCCAUAGCUAGCAAGCUAGCCAGUCCUUGCCAAGUUAGAUUGGUCCAGUAAGUUAGCCAGCUAUAAUGUCAUACUACUAGCUAGUGUCAAUAACAAUCAUGCAAUCUAAACAGCUAGCUAGGCUAUACAUAGUUGUGUAUGUAUAAAUCAUGGUUGCUGUCAGUGUGUGUUGUGUUGAAAUCUGUCCUCCUUUCCCCCACAGGCUGAAAGUGAUCAGAGACUUAUUUACUCUGGCAAGCUGCUCCCAGACCAACUGCAUGUCAGAGAUAUUUUCAGAAAGGUACGUGUGUGUGCCUAUUCACCGAAAUAUCAACUAGACAUAUUCUCAGAACUCUAGCUAUAUACAGAGUUAUGUGCCAUCUGGUCAGAUUGCAGGUAUCAUCAGUAAAAAAAGAAUGUUAUUGAUUCAACAUUAUGUGCCUAGAUCAGGGAUGCAGUCUGCCUACAGGGCUACACAAAUACCUGAAAUCAGGCAGAGAAUUGCUAAACCUAUGUCCUAGUUAUUUUUAGUACUACUGCAUUACCUAUAAAACUGUGCUGAACAGUGUGUAUAUUUAAUCUGUUAUGUCAAUGAAUUACAAUACUAGAAUCUCAGAUGAAUGCCGAGAGCAAAACUGAACUGUGCUUUGACAUCCCUGGAGUUCAAGCCCAUAGAAGCCCCUGUCAGGACUGUUAUGAAUGCAGUCCCCUUUUUUGAACUUCAGAUCAGUCAGAUUUUGUUUAAUGUUGCAUUCACUACUUUUCUCACAGGAUUUUUCAAAGGCAUUCUUUUUUAUACAUUUUUUACUUCAAAAGGUUGAAUGAGUGUCCCUCUAUGUCCCGUGCCAAGAAUGGAUGUGAUGUUCUUGUGUCUUAUGCCGCCUGGGAUAUCUCAUCAUGUAUGUCUUCACAGACGGACCUAACACCCACUGUGCACCUGGUGUGUGCAGUCAGAACUCAGCCCAGAGGUCCACUAGGAGCAAGACCCAAGGUAAAGUACCCCAUAUGGAACCCCAUCUCAAACUGUGACAUGUACUCUAUGUGAAGGUUAUGAUGUAGACCUAGGUGAAGCUAUUUUAAAUAUACUCAUUAAAUAGCAUCAGUUAACAAUGCCUCAGUUGUUGCUCCCCAAGAUAUUGUGCCAAACCAGGAAACGUUUUUGUUUUUAGUUCUGCCGUGCCAGUGAUUCCCUUGUGCUCUCCUUUAGAAACCCUACACACCUCAUUAAUAUGAUUUGUAGCUGUAAUUGGGAGCUCCCGGAGCUGACAAACGACAGUCAAAGCCAGACAUUCAGAUUAGGAAAAAGACACCUCACAUGGUUGAUAACGAAUAAUUUGAUAAGCCAAAACGCCCUAUCAGCUAAAUCAUCUAAAGUAGUCCCCCAAUCAGUGGUUGAGGAGGUGUCAAAGCUGAGUCUGUUCUGGUCUCUGGAGAGAGGAGUCCCAGCUCAGUGGAUAGCAGGAGACCGGUGCACAACUACUCUCAUUAGGAAUCUCUGGAGACCAUAACAUUGCAUCUCUGAAAAUUCACUGCAGCUAUUCACUGCAGUCACUUUGUACAGUAUGUAUGUCCGCACCUGUGGUGUUAACACCAUGUCUCACUUUUGAUUCAGGUCAGAGAGCCAGAACCACAACCCUCUGCCAUGCCUACCAGACAGAACGAAGAGGGUGUCACCCCAGCCCCAUCUGUGCCCACUGAACCAGAGCUGAGACAACGAAGGUACACUUCCACCUCUCCCACCCCACCCGCAUGGCCUGGCACUACAUCGUGAGUUAACAAGACAAGUGAAUUCUUUGCAUAAAGCUGGUGUUAUUAGUCCCAUAACUAUUACUUGUGUUGCUUUAUGAAAAGUUAUAUUGCUGGGAGAGAUUAUAUGCAAUACGUUGGUCUAUCCUUCAGUCUGAUAUGACAUGCAAUUCACACUGCUAUUAUCCUGUGUGUCACUAGGCCAGGGGCAGCAGAGAUAACCAACCCAACCUUCCCCACCUACUCCCUCUACAGCCCUCAACAGCUGCUCUGGCUGCAGCACAUGUAUGCUCGCCAAUACUACAUGCAGUAGUAAGUAUUCAAUCACAAGCAUUUUAGCAAUUAUGUCAGAAUUGCUGCCGCAAAAUCAAGCAUUUUUGCCCGCAAAUAUAAAACAAAUCCCAGAGAAAUCCUGGUGGGAAUGAUUCAUAGUCUCUUCACUCUGUACAGCUUGUUAACAGUCAUUGAAAACAAAUGUGGAGCAAAAUUAGUUUGACACCCCUGGCUUACUGUAGGUGUUUCUCAAAAUGCAUAGUACCGUGCUCCGAGCAUGCAAAUUGGAGCACGGGAGGGUCGGAGUAUGAGUCCAAAUCAUGUAUGCGAAACAGAGCAUGAAAGGCACCUCUUGAAUGCGUACUCCAUUUGUACAUAUUUUGAAGCAUGCAUCGAUGCAAGCUUCAACGGAAAGUAAGCAAAGAAAUAUGACGCAGGAACGACAGAAUAAAUAAUGCAACAAAUAUUGUAGUUAAACUCAAAUAUACUAAUUGAUAAAAAACCAUUAUUUUUUGAAAACAUGUUUAAAAAAGGUAUAAUCUUCGUAAAUGAUAUUAUAUGUAGGACUGGUGGAGUUAUGUUGCACAUGCAGCUAACAAAAACAUAUGGAAAUGUCUGCUCUACCCAAAAUUACAACCAAAUAAUUGCAGCAUUACCGCAAAAAUGGAAGAGGAAAGUGGAAGGGGGAAAAGGUAAGGAACUUGUCUGUCGGCCCUCUGUAGCUCAAUUGGUAGAGCAUGGCGCUUGUAACGCCAGGGUAGUGGGUUCGAACCCCGGGACCAUCCAUACGUAAAAAUGUAUGCGCACAUGACUGUAAGUCGCUUUGGAUAAAAGCGUCUGCUAAAUGGCAUAUUAUAUAUUAUUAUUAUUAUUAUUAUUAAAGAACAUAAUUGGUUAAAGAAAAUUGUGAUAAAUAAAUAAGUAUACCAGUUUCAUUUAAGGACCAAAGGAUUGACAGCUGUCCCAUAUAGAUUGCAAAAUAGUUGGGAAGAGAUUUUUGACAUACCGAUUCCAUGGCAUAGUGUUUAUGAACUGAUAAGCAAAACGACGCUGCAUUCAAAACGUAGAAUUUUCCAAUUUAAAUUAUUAUACAAAAUUCUUGCUACCAAUAAAAUGUUAUUUAUAUGGGGGAUACAAUCUUCCCAGCUCUGCAGAUUUUGCUGCGAAGAGACAGAAUCAUUAGAUCCUUUGUUUUGGUACUGUCCAUUUGUACCUUGUUUUUGGACACAGGUCCAGGAAUAGCUGAAGGAUUGCAACAUUUACCUGGAGCUAACCCUGCAGAUAGCACUACUGGGUGAUCUGAAAAGUCAUAGUCAAUCGAUCAAUAAUAUAAUACAAUUUUUAGCAAACAUGUUUAUUUUCAAUUUACAAUCUGUAGAAACAAUGAGAAUAGAAGGGUUCAGAACUUUUGUGAAACAUCACAGUACAGUUGAAAAAUAUAUGGCAAAUAGAAAUCCAAUAUGGAUGGUGUGAAGAGAUAGAUGGGAGGUGUUGAAUGGAGCUGAAAGAUGGGACUAAUAACAACUAACAACUAAUAACAACGAGAUAACUCAUGUAAAGCAUACUAUGUCCAUAAUAAGAAUAUAGGUUAUAGGUUGAGAGCUUUUGUGACAGAGCACAGUUGGAAAGAUAUGGCAUAUAGAGGCAAGCCGGAUGGACAUCAUGAAAAUAAUCGGAGAGGUUGAGGGUAGAGGAAGUUCAGGAGUAAAAACAAAAAAAUAUAAUUAUUGUAAAAUUGACUGUGUCCAUAAAAUUUAUAUAGUAUGUAUAAGCUGGAAGUAGAGGCCUAAGUGUUGUUGUUCACUAGUUUACUCCAAUUAGGGAAGGGGUGGUGGGGUUGGAAAGUAAUAAAGGGAAAUAUAUUUUUUUAAAGGAUAUGUAUGUAUAUGUAUUUAUAUGUAUGUAUGUGUAUAUGUACAGUUGAAGUUGGAAGUUUACAUACACUUAGGUUGAAGGUACCACGUUCAUCUGUACAAACAAUAGUACGCAAGUAUAAACACCAUGGGACCACGCAGCAGUCAUACCGCUCAGGAAGGAGACGCGUUCUGUCUCCUAGAGAUGAACGUACUUUGGUGCGAAAAGUGCAAAUCAAUCCCAGAACAACAGCAAAGGACCUUGUGAAGAUGCUGGAUGAAACGGGUACAAAAGUAUCUAUAUCCACAGUAAAAUUAGUCCUAUAUCGACAUAACCUGAAAGGCCGCUCAGCAAGGAAGAAGCCACUGCUCCAAAACCGCCAUAAAAAAGCCAGACUACGGUUUGCAACUGCACAUGGGGACAAAUAUCGUACUUUUUGGAGAAAUGUCCUCUGGUCUGAUGAAACAAAAAUAGAACUGUUUGCCCAUAAUGACCAUCGUUAUGUUUGGAGGAAAAAGGGGAUUGCUUGCAAGCCGAAGAACACCAUCCCAACCGUGAAGCACAAGGGUGGCAGCAUCAUGCUGUGGGGGUGCUUUGCUGCACUUCACAAAAUAGAUGGCAUCAUGAGGAAGGAAAAUUAUGUGGAUAUAUUGAAGCAACAUCUCAAGACAUCAGUCAGGAAGUUAAAGCUUGGUCGCAAAUGGGUCUUCCAAAUGGACAAUGACCCCAAGCAUACUUCCAAAGUUGUGGCAAAAUGGCUUAAGGACAACAAAGUCAACGUGUUGGAGUGGCCAUCAUAAAGCCCUGACCUCAAUCCUAUAGAAAAUUUGUGGGCAGAACUGAAAAAGCGUGUGCGAGUAAAGAGGCCUACAAACCUGACUCAGUUACACCAGCUCUGUCAGGAGGCAUGGGCCAAAAUUCACCCAACUUAUUGUGGGAAGCUUGUGGAAGGCUACCUGACACGUUUGACCCAAGUUAAACAAUUUAAAGGCAAUGCUACCAAAUACUAAUUGAGUGUAUGUAAACUUCUGAUCCACUGGGAAUGUGAUGAAAUAAAUAAAAGCUGAAAUAAAUCAUUCUCUCAACUAUUAUUCUGACAUUUCACAUUCUUAAAAUAAAGUGGUGAUCCUAACUGACCUAAGACAGGGAAUUUUUACUAGGAUUAAAUGUCAGGAAUUGUGAAAGACUGAGUUUAAAUGUAUUUGGCUACGGUGUAUAUAUUUGCGAGAAAAACAACAACAUAUGGGGGAUUGGAAGUGAUGCAGACAAUUACAUUGAUGGAAGUUACAAUCUAUCUGCAAUAUUAAAGCUGAUCUACCCCCUAAAUUUUUUUUUAAGAAAUGUCGCAACCACGUAAAAAAAUACGCUACAUUUCUUUAUAUCAUUAUUUGAGCUGAAGCGAGAGAAAAUACAAAUGUUGCCUAUUCACAUGUAAUAUGUUGCCUGAGUACAAUAUUUUAUCUUGAUACGUUAAUAAAUACAUUCGGUGUUAAUUUUGGAAUGUUUACCUGCCGACGUACCGUAGAUCGCAAGCCCAUAAUAAGUCAAUUGGGCUAACUGGCUAGCUACUGCUGUUAGCCACAAAGAAUCGUUAGCUAGCUACCCACAAAGAAUUGACGUCUACCUUGCAUAAUAUUCGUUCUAGGUCAGUUUUGCCUGUUAAACUAUCUGGUUAGCUACAUUAUUACGAUUCACAUAUAGCUAGCUGAUAGUUAUGAAGUAAAAUGUUUGCUUUGUGUAUAUCUUGUUUAGUCUAUUGUUGUCAUUGACCUGGCUGGUAGAAGGUUGUUUUAUGCAUUCUCCACAUUCUCGUCCUCACAAGAACGUACUCAAGAGAACAUCGUUGGAGAAUGCACUCGGAGCAUGAGAGUGUGGAGCACGGUAAUAUGCAUAUUAAGAAACAUCCUGUAUCUGUCUUUUGUCCCAUAGCCAUGCAGCCUACGCAGCAGCAGCCUCCGCCCCCUUUGCCCCAGCCGCCGGCCCAUCCCUUCCUGUCGCUCCCCACCAAGCCGCUGUCCCAGCAGCCCUGCCCAAUCAGGCCCCCAUUGACAACCUUCCAGCCAAUCAGAAUGCACAGGACGCCGCCUUUAUCAACCCGGGAGCAGCCAAUCAGAACCUGCGGAUGAACGCCCAGGGCGGGCCUGUGAUGGAGGAUGAGGAGGAUAUGGAUCGUGAUUGGCUGGACUGGGUGUACACGGCUGCCCGUCUGGGAGUGUUUCUCAGUAUCGUCUACUUCUACUCCAGCCUGAGCCGCUUCGCCCUGGUCAUGAGCAGCCUGCUCCUUAUGUACCUGUGAGUUGACUGUUGAUGUGACUGUGUUUAUGUUUGUUCUUAUCUACCCAUCUCAUGUUUGCUUAUGUUGGAGAAGUAAGUGCACAGUACUUGGGGAUAUGUAGCCGAAGCCUACAUAAGCUUUCCACCAUUCAUUUUUCCCAUAGAGGAUUUUAGAAACACUUCAAAUAAGGGCUGUGUUUCGUGUAGGCUUACCCUGGCGUGACGUUUUGAUAACCAUGUAAAUCUCUCUGGGACAAGGUAACUUUUUUAUCUAUUCGGCUCUAUUUACUCUCAGAUCCAAAAAUGCUAAUUAAUAAUAAUUAGCGUCAAAGUAGACAUCAUGCAAAACUACAAAUCCCUGCAAGCUCCUGCACGUCAACUCUAGCUGACACGUUUGCUAACAGGUAUUGUGUCAAUUUAAAACUUGCACAAGACAGUUCACAGAAUUGUCCAUUGAAAGAAAUGAAGCCAAUUUAUUCAUUACUACAUUUAGAUAAAAUUAGAUAGUUCAUCCAUAGAUUCUUACCUUUGCCUUGAUUCGGCAGUCUUGUCCAGAUCAUCAUGGUAUUUGUAGUUUUUUUUAUGAUAGCCAUAUUAGCAGCUAAUUAGCAUUUCCUUUUUUGGGGGUGUAAAUACAGGCGAAUAUAUUGAUAAAAGUCACCUUGUCCUACAGAGAUUUACAUGGUUAUCAAAACGUCAUGCCAGGCUAAGCCUAGACAAAAAACAACCCUUAUUUUAAGUGUUUCUAAAAUCCCCAAUGGGGAAAAAUUAAUAGUGGAAAAAUGAUUGGAACCAUGUCCCUGUUUGACCGCUAGGUUUUAUGGGUAUUUUGACUCGUACUGUUGUACUCUACAGCCAGAGCCAUGUAUUUAGAGAGUUGGGCCAACUUUUAGAAUGUUUUAUAUUGUUCUAAUGCUUGUCAUUCAGUUACAUAGCAUUAUUGAAAUAUUCCCCAUGUUAUGUUAAUCAGGCACUAACAUGGCUGCCAAUAAUAUUUUCAAAUGUCAUGUAAAUGCAUCAUAAUGCUCAUUCUAGACAUUAUUCCCUAUGUAAUGUUAAUGGUGCGCUAACAUCUCUGUCAUAGAAUAUUGUAGUGUCAUCUAAAUGCAUCAUAAUGCAGAAACCUCAAUGGCACAACUCUCUAAACACAUGGCUCUGUGUAUAGCCUGUCCGCUAAUGGUGAGGCUGGCAGUGGCUAUGGGUGAUGGGUAGAUGAAGGCACCCGUACAGUGGCUUGCGAAAGUAUUCACCCCCCUUGGCAUUGUUUCCUAUUUUGUUGCCUUACAACCUGGAAUUAAAAUUGCUUUUUUGGGGGGUUUGUAUCAUUUGAUUUACACAACAUGCCUACCACUUUGAAGAUGCAAUUUUUUUAUUUUUUUGUGAAACAAACAAGAAAUAAGACAAAAAAACAGAACUGAGCGUGCAUAACUAUUCACCCCCCCAAAAUCAAUACUUUGCAGAGCCACCUUUUGCAGCAAUUACAGCUGCAAGUCUCUUGGGGUAUGUCUCUAUAAGCUUGGGAUAUUUGGCCAUUCUUCAAGGCAAAACUGCUCCAGCUCCUUCCAAGUUGGAUGGGUUCCGCUGGUAUACAGCAAUCUUUAAGUCAUACCACAGAUUCUCAAUUGGAUUGAGGUCUGGGCUGUGACUUGGCCAUUCCAAGACAUGUAAAUGUUUCCCCUUAAACCACUUGAGUGUUGCUUUAGCAGUAUGCUUAGGGUCAUUGUCCUGCUGGAAGGUGCACAUCCGUCCCAGUCUCAAAUCUCUGGAAGACUGAAACAGGUUUCCCUCAAGAAUUUCCCUGUAUUUAGCGCCAUCCAUAAUUUCUUCAAUUCUGACCAGUUUCCCAGUCCCUGCCAAUGAAAAACAUCCCCACAGCAUGAUGCUGCCACCACCAUGCUUCACUGUGGGGAUGGUGUUCUCGGGAUGAUGAGAGGUGUUGGGUUUGCGCCAGACAUAGCGUUUUCCUUGAUGGCCAAAAAGCUAAAUUUUAGUCUCAUCUGACCAGAGUACCUUCUUCCAUAUGUUUGGGGAGUCUCCCACAUGCCUUUUGGCGAACACCAAACGUGUUUGCUUAUUUUUUUCUUUAAGCAUCAGCCUUUUUCUGGCCAUUCUUCUGUAAAGCCCAGCUCUGUGGAAUGUACGGCUUAAAGUGGUCCUGUGGACAGAUACUCCAAUCUCCGCUGUGGAGCUUUGCAGCUCCUUCAGGGUUAUCUUUGGUCUCUUUGUUGCCUCUCUGAUUAAUGCCCUCCUUGCCUGGUCCGUGAGUUUUGGUGGGCGGCCCUCUCUUGGCAGGUUUGUUGUGGUGCCAUAUUCUUUCAAUUUUUUAAUAAUGGAUUUAAUGGUGCUCCGUGGGAUGUUCCAAGUUUCUGAUAUUUUUUUAUAACCCAACCCUGAUCUGUAAUUCUCCACAACUUUGUCCCUGACCUGUUUGGAGAGCUCCUUGGUCUUCAUGGUGCCGCUUGCUUGGUGGUGCCCCUGCUUAGUGGUGUUGCAGACUCUGGGGCCUUUCAGAACAGGUGUACAGAUCAUGUGACACUUAGAUUGCACACAGGUGGACUUUAUUGAACUAAUUAUGUGACUUCUGAAGGUAAUUGGUUGCACCAUAUCUUAUUUAGGGGCUUCAUAGCAAAGGGGGUGAAUAUAUAUGCACGCAUCACUUUUCCGUUAUUUAUUCUGUAUCAUUUUUUUAAAUAAGUUAUUUUUUUCACUUCACCAAUUUGGACUAUUUUGUGUAUGUCCAUUACAUGAAAUCCAAAUAAAAUCCAUUUAAAUUGAAGGUUGUAAUGCAACAAAAUAGGAAAAACACCAAGGGGGAUGAAUACUUUUGCAUGGCACUGUACAGUAAUCCUGAGAGAAUGAGGGCCAUAUGUUGUGCUUAUCAGCAGAGAAGAGAUGUCCUUAGCUCAAUGUGUUGCAGUCACACGCUCUGUCCAUUAUGCAACUCCCUCAGGCUCUGGAUUCAGCUCUCAUCCAAACCACACAUUCCAAAUGUAUGAGCGGAGACAAAUCUGUGUGUGUUUGAGAGAGGUUGAGGGAGGGAGAAAGAGGUUGAGAGAUGUUGAGGGAGGGAGAGCGAUAAAGGCAUGGCAUUGACAUACACUGACACAGUCUGUCAGGUCGUUGUGACUGCAGUGUCCUGAAUGUCCUCCCGUAUUUCAGUCUAAUGUGAGGAUAUGUAGUGCUAGUUGAGUGUUUCUCUAUGUGCUGCUGGGAGCUGCCUGGUACAGCAGGCCUCAUCUCUGCUACGUUACUAUAACUGGGGGAUUAGAUCUGGGCGUCAGCUCAAGGGCACUACUCCCUCCCUGAUCAACUAAUCUGGACAGACGUGGCAGAAUGGGAACUAAGCGUUAGCUUAACGUGUAACAAGGUUUAGCGGCUAGUGCUCCACCGCCCAAGCUAAUGAUUAGACUGGUCUCAGUGUGUUGGAAGGAGAGGGACAGAGAUCACUAUCUAUUAGUUGGCCUGGUUAUAGGAAUGUAAAUAGAGUGGCCAUUAUUAACAUGUUAGUGAGUUUGUACUUCCUCUUUGUUUGCACUACCUGUUCUUAACUGGAAAUGCUUAUAGGGACCACCACAUAAUAAUAAUAAUAAUAAUAUGCCAUUUAGCAGACGCUUUUAUCCAAAGCGACUUACAGUCAUGUGCGCAUACAUUUUUACGUAUGGGUGGUCCCGGGGAUCGAACCCACUACCCUGGCGUUACAAGCGCCAUGCUCUACCAAUUGAGCUACAGAGGACCACCAUAUACUGUAUACUCUGACUGUGGAAUAGAUACACAAUUUAAGAAGAAUCAUGCAGAUCUACUUUAUUAAUCCCUGUUGUCUUCCUCUCAGGCACACAGCAGGCUGGUUCCCCUUCAGACGAAGGCCCCUGGUCAGAGGUCCAAACAACCAGGUCCCCGAGGUCAUCCAGAACCAACAGAACCAGGACAGGAACCCAGUGCCACCGGUAAGACUCAUUUCCUCAGGGACUGGAUCUCUGGGUGUGGAAAACAGAUAUGGCUUCAUAACAAGGCAUUUACUGCCUUAUGUAGUAACAUUCGUCACACAGCAUGUAGAGCAGGGUUGUCGAACUCAUUUUGGCCCGGGGCCGUAUUCGGCCUUCAACGUGGUCCAGAGGGCCGCACUGAAAAUUGGUUAUACUUCCUCGCUGUCAAAAUUAGCAAAAGAUAGUCCUCUAUCCAUCGUUUUUGUAAUUUUCAAUACUCCCUGACUGUCUAGCUUUAAUUUAGGUGAUUAUUAGCAAGCUGGACACAGUCAAGAACUGUAUACAUGUAGGUCCAUUAUUAUUUCUACACAGUUUAGAUUUGGUUUUAGUCAUUUUGAAGUAUAUUGAGUUUGUGUCUCAGGAAACAAGCAGAUUUAACUUCUUUAGGAAAACAGCCCUAAUGUUGGAAACAAACAUCAUCAUUUUCCAAGCUAUAGCACACAAUAUUUUACAUACAGAGAUUGGUCUACUUCGUGUUUCCAGUUUUGCCAUGGAAAAAAUAUUGGCUAUACUGGUAUCGUCCUGGCCCUUUUUGACUCCCCUGAUAUAGUUUCAUUUAACUGUGUUGUAAAAAUACAGUUUAAGUGUGUGUUUAUGUCUGAACUCUGGUGGUGGGGCUAACAGAGUUUCUCCUCUUCCCUCAGGCGGAGGUCCCUGCAGGAGAAGAGGGGGCCGAGGCAGAGGUUGGACCGGAUGAACCACACCCCCUGACUGCAGUACCUGUGCCUCAACACAGGGUGUCCAUCAUUUGGAGUGCCUGGAUCUUCUUCAAAGCCUUCUUUGCCUCCCUCAUCCCAGAGGCCCCGGCAGUGGCUAACUGAAUAAUCGACUCUUCCAGCAGGGGGCAGUUAACUUCAGUAUCAGACCUGCCUCUCUGUCACUGGAAGUCCUCCCUCUUUGUCCUUCUGGAUGGAUGCCUGGACAUUUUGUGAGAAAUCAUGAGUGAUUAAAAGCGUCAACGCAUACAAAGCCCUGGCUGUAGUCUGUUAAGGGUGUGGUUCAUUCGGUGCUUCCUGCCUUAUGAUAGUGACCAAAUGGUUGUAUAUACAGUACAGUACAUACACUUCUCUCUGCCAAAUGGUUGUAAAUGCUGUAAAUGGGUAUUGGAACAAAACAUUUAAAUAUUAUUGUAUUGUCUGUACACAGCACUUUACAAAUGUAUCUUAUUAUUAGAGCUGGGACAAUACUAGUAUCGCAAUAUUUUUUCCAUUGCAAAAAUGGAAACACGAAGCAGAUCAACUCUUUGGUCCUUUAAAAAACUUAUAUAUGUAAAAUAUUGUCUGCUAUAGCUUGGAAAAUAAAUGUGACUCUGGAUGAGUAAUAAUGUACACUCAGCGGCCAGUUUAUUAGGUACACCCAUCUAGUGCCGGGUCGGACCCCCUUUGCUUCCAGAACAGCCUGAAUUAUUUGGGUCAUGGA